UGGGAGCAGCUUCAAAGGUUGGUGGAGGAUAAUGAUGAAGAUGAAGCUCAGUCCUUACAGCUUCAUCACAGUCAAAGUGAGGAGAACAGAGGGGCGGAGCUUGUAAGUCAACACAUCACAGAAGCUGAUGGAGAGCAUUGUGAAGAUAUAAAGUCAGAACCAGACAGCAUCUUUGCUCCACUAUCAGACAUGGACCACAUGAUGUCACACUCUUCUGAUCACAGUGACCACAUCCAAAAACCUUUGGAGAGUAAAAAUUACUUUAAAGGUGAUACGAGACAUCACACUAACAACAAACACUUUGACUGCUCUGAAUGUGGGAAAUCAUUUAGACUGAAGACUGAUUUUACAAGACACAAGAGAAUACAUACUGGAGAGAAACCUUUUACUUGCUCUGUUUGUAAAAAAAGUUUCUCCACAAAGCAACACAUGACCACACACAUGAGAACACACACCGGAGAGAAACCUUUUACUUGCUCUGUUUGUAAGAAGAGUUUCUCCAUUAAGCCUGCCAUGACCACACACAUGAGAACACACACUGGAGAGAAACCUUUUACUUGCUCUGUUUGUAAGAAGAGUUUCUCCAUUAAGCCUGCCAUGACCAGACACAUGAGAACACACACUGGAGAGAAACCGUUUACUUGCUCUGUUUGUAAGAAGAUUUUCUCCAGAAAGUAUAACAUGUCCUCACACAUGAGAACACAUACUGGAGAGAAACUUUUGUCUUGCUCUGUUUGUAAGAAGGGUUUCUCCACGAAGCAACAUAUGAUCACACACAUGAGAACACAUACUGGAGAGAAACCUUUUACUUGCUCUGUUUGUAAGAAGUGUUUCUCCAGAAAGCCUGACAUCUCCACACACAUGAGAACACACACUGGAGAGAAACCUUUUACUUGCUCUGUUUGUAAGAAGAGUUUCUCGACAAAGUCUAACAUGUCCUCACACAUGAGAACACAUAAUGGAGAGAAACCUUUGACUUGCUCUGUUUGUAAGAAGACUUUCUCCACAAAGCCUAACAUGUCCGCACACAUGAGAACACAUACUGGAGAGAAACCUUUUACUUGCCCUGUUUGUAAGAAGCGUUUCUCCACAAAUCUUGUCAUGACCAGACACAUGAGAACACACACUGGAGAGAAACCAUUUAGUUGCACUGUGUGUGAUAAGACGUUCUGGCAUAAGUAUCAGGUCAGUAAACACAAGUGUGUAACAGUCAUGGAAGCUGCAGGGAUUUAAAAACACUUAGUGAUUGUGCUAAAUGUACUUUAAAAACACAGCAUGUUUAAUAUGAAUGUAUAUUUGAUGUUGUAUGUAGUGCCUCUCAUCUUCUACCGUUAAAUAUAAAGGCCUACUGAAAGCCACUACUACCGA